GCCUCAUUUGAAGCUGUGCGCAGGAACAAUCACGUGCGCACUCCAGUUUUCAAACUUUUACCCCAGCCUUAGCGACCCGAAUCUCAAGUUGCAUAUAAAAUGGCCUCAACAUCCCCGCAAGUCCCAUCUGCACCCUCCCUUUUGCCCCGAACCGUUCCAGGAGCACCUCCUCCGAGCGAUGUGUCCAAGUCGUCGCGUAAAAAGCGCAAGAACAAGUCGAAGGCCGAAACAGCCGCUGAGGAUAUCGAUGCCUCCAAUGCUGCUCUUAUUGAAAAGGCACCCGACGCUGCAGACAUCCAAGAGGGCGCUGUUGCUGCCGAACUGAUUGCGGAGCCGGAGGCGCCUGCAGCCGAUGAAUCAACAGCCAAACUGAGUCCCAUCGUCGAUCUUGUUGCAAAACGACUGAAAACUACAACGAAAAAGAUCAGCCGAAUAUCAACAUAUGCCGCUACGGACCCCGAAAAACUGAAUGAAGACCAAAAGGCUGCCUUAAAGUCACUCCCUGCCCUGGAAGCUGUUCAGAGGGAACUCGGGGAAGUUAAGAAAGCUGUCGAGACCCACGAGAUUCAACUUGCGGCCGAACUUGCGCAAACGCGUGCGGAAGCAGAGCACUCGGCAAAUGCACGAGUUGCCGACGCUGUUGCCGGCGCAGAGCGCGAAGCGACCUCUAGAGUCUUUGACAUUUUGAACCUGCUCCGAUUGCGCUCGCUGCUAGCAGCGGGAGAGGUCUCCCUCACUGUUAGCGAAGUCGAGGCCAAUGCCUUAUUCUCCUCGGCUGAAUCAUUGUUGACGGAUUCAGAGUCACCUGUGGUUUCAGGACUCAUGUCCAGACAAGGCGAUCAUGCUGGUGUCUCUUACAUUCGACUGCUUGAGAUCGUUCAAGUUGGACUGAGCCCCCCUGCCCCUAGUGUCGAGGAGGAGCCUGCCAGCGCAGUCACCACGGAAGAGGCUGCUGUCAGCCAACCGCUGGGCCUAUCCAUGUCGACUAGCUUUGAUUUCAUGCAAGCCAGCGAGCUGGAACCUCCAUUCGAAGAGAACGCCGAGUGGGUUGAACGUGAUCAGAUCCCUGUCGAGGCCAACGGCCACAUCGUGGACCCUGAAGCUGCCGCAGAUACGAGCAACGCUGCGCUCGAUUGGGCCGCCGACGAUGACGAGGGCCUGCCUUCGAUUGCGGGGCUGCAUGCCAAGUUCGGAACCUCGGGGACCGUGACUCCGGUUGUGGAGCCGGAGCUGCAAACCAAUGGACACGUCGUCGAAGAGGUUGUCGAAGACGUCGCCGCUCCCGCGGAAGACGAUGGCUUCAUCACUCAGUCACGUGGGGGCCGCGGGCGGGUUCGCCCGUCCCGGGGCGGGGAGCACCGGGGCGGAGGAGGCCGUGGCGGAUUCCGCGGUGGUGACCGUGGCGGAUUCCGAGGACGCGGCGGCGGGUCUGGUUUCCGAGGGCGCGGAGGAGCGGAUGGCGAACGACGCGGGGGGCGUGGUCGUGGUCGCGGCGGAGAUCGAGGCGGAGAUCGGGGCCGUGGUCAAUAAAUGUCGUAGUGUUUAUUGCUAAAUUUUGUACCCUUGCAAUCAUCAUUUGAGGUCUUGUAAAUGAUCGGGUCGGACCGAAGUUCUGCGCGCAACUCUCUCUCUCUUGACCACCAUGAGCAGCAUCGACUUUUCUCUCUAUCUGGUUACAGACCGCGCACUGCUCCCCCGUGGUCUAACCUAUGUUGAGAGCCUGGAAGAAGCUUUGAUCGGUGGAGUGACCGUUGUGCAACUGCGCGAAAAGACUGCGGAUACAUCGGAGUUUUUGACCAUCGCUCGGGAAACCAAAGCGCUCUGCCAGCGCUACCGAGUGCCCCUCAUCAUCAAUGACCGCAUCGACAUCGCGCUCGCUGUGGAAGCGGACGGCGUCCACCUCGGCCAAACGGACAUGCCUAUCGAUAUUGCCCGCAAGCUUCUGCCUCAGGGAACAAUCAUCGGCAUCUCCUGCAACACUUUGGAGGAGGUUCGGCGGGCGAGAGAUUCUGGAGCUGACUAUGUUGGCCUCGGUGCCGUGUGGGACACUCAGACCAAGAAGCUGACCAGCACACCGAUCGGAGUUCGCAACAUCGGUGUGCUACUAGAUGCACUAGAUGGAUCUAAUCUGAAAGCUGUGGCUAUCGGUGCGCUUGCCACCAGAGCACAGGAGUAGAGCUGAACACAGCCUAGGCGGUAUCAAAUCGUCGAAUCUGGCGCGUCUGAUGUCUGUAUCUGUAUCCGAAAGCGGUCGCAGUCUCGACGGCGUGGCUGUGGUCUCAGACAUCAUGGCCUCUGCGGCCCCCAAAGCGGCUGCGCAAGCGCUGAAAGCUAUCUUUCGCGGAUGUCGAGAAGCCACUGGCCUGUCUCCGGCUUUUUCAGGGGAUCUUCUCGCCCGUUCAUCGGAAAUCAUGGAGAAAAUCAGCAGCCAAAAGCCUCUCGUUCACCAAAUAACGAAUACAGUCGUCGCCACCCAGUCAGCGAAUAUGACUCUUGCAGUUGGCGCCAGCCCCAUCAUGGCCACGGCGGCAGAGGAAAUGGCUGACCUGGCGAAGCUGAGCAAUGCGUUGCUGGUGAACAUCGGCACCCUCGUCGGCAGCACAUUUCAAGGCAUGCUCAAGGCAGGGGUCUGCGCAAAUGCGGCCAAGAUUCCGGUCGUGUUUGAUCCUGUGGGUGUGGGUGCCACCUCUUUCAGGAAAUCCAGUGUCAACCAACUCUUGGAUGUCUGGCACCCUACGGUCAUCAAGGGCAAUGCUGGAGAACUUGCCGUUCUCGCUGGGUCCAGCGAGGCCGGGUCAAAAGGAGUGGAUACGGCAGGCUCAUUCCAGGAUCCCGUCGGUUUUGUGAAGAAGCUGUCCCGCAAGGAACGGUGCAUCGUCGUCCUGACAGGCGAGACAGACUAUGUGUCCGACGGGACUCGUGUUGCAAAGAUUCACAACGGCGAUCCGCUGCUGGGGCAGAUCACAGGAUCAGGCUGCAUGCUGGGAUCGCUCAUUGCUGUCUGUUGCGCGACAGAAAACAUGCUCGCCCACGAGCUGCAUUCAGCUGCAUUGACGCGAGAUGGGGACUUUUUCACAGCAGCCGUCGCUGCUGUGCUGAUCUUGACUGUUGCCGCCGAGCUGGCCGUCCAACAAGAUACGGUGCACGGCAGCGGAACUUUCCUCGCUGCGCUGAUAGACCAGGUCGCGUCCCUCCGUGCCGAGGACAUCACGCGCUUAGCCAAGAUUGAGAUUGUGCAGCCCUCGUAACUAGGCGAGGACACGUGAAAAAGGCAUGUCUGGCGUAGGCUGCAGCCAGUUUUUCGCGUCAUACUUAGCCUGGCCCUCGAUCAUGUGGAACGUAUAUGCAAAGCGAGUCUUGUCCGACGUGUUUCUUUCCGAUUUGUGGAGCACAGAACCGUGGAUCAGCACCAGGUCACCUAAGAAUCACAUGAGUUUGUGUUGCGCUUUGACAUGCCGAUGAGGCAAACUGGCCUGGAUCGCAGCAUUCCAGAAUGUAGGAAUCAGCUGAAUCACGACUGUAGGAUGCCACCUGCGCAGCAACUUCUGGCUCGACCAGAGGCUCGAAGCCCGUGCCGCCCGUGGGUAGGCGCACGAAUCGCUUGGUCAGUGGCGCAAUUUUGUGCGAACCGGGGAGAAACGAGAGGGCACCAUUGGUGGGCGUGCAGUGUUCGAGCGCGAUCCAGAAUCCAAGAGCCGACGGGGGAUCCGUGUACUAUCUCAUCAUCAGACGGGUUGCGGCGUGAGCGGCACAGCGGGUCGCACCAAGAAGGUUCUGGGCCGGUUAUGUGUCACUGCGCCAGCCACUGAGACUAGAACACGCACGAGUCAUUGUGUUCGCCGACUCGAGACAUUCUCAGCCGAAGCGCAUCGAGCAUACACAAUUGCCGCUAACCUUGUCCACCUGGACAGCACAGUCAGCAUAUUUCCUCCCGUGGUCAAAAGUUUCUGUGACUUGCCUAUUUGCGGCUGCUUGAAGAUGACCAUGGAUUGCAGUGCUGGCGGGGAGGCAUGUCAGGGAGAAGACACUCUCGGCGCCAAACCAUCGAGACGCACCCCUCGGAUCUUGGUGGAAUUUCAGAUCGGCCACAGCCUCCCGCAUCUUCGGGUUCUCGAGGGUGAACUAGUAGGAGGACAUCAGCCGGAUGGAUGACGUGCGGUAAUUGCCCACGGCGCCCGACUUUGCGAAAGACAGGAUCCAAUUCAUGCAGUCCUGGAGAUCAUCAGAGAUCUGAAUUAAGCCUCCGCCGCGCAAGGACAGUUGAGGGAUCCCCCACCAUGUCCGAUCUUGUUCACGGCAAACUCCUUCGCACGGGUGAGUUUCCCAUCGACCACGGCAUCCGGCUCCAGGAAGUAGCGGCUAGAGAUUGAGUUGAGAAGCACGUCGCACUGCACGCGGAGGUGGCAACGUGCAUCUUGUCGCCAGAACUGAGAAAAUAGUCGUCUCCUAUGUGGCCGUCCCCGUCUUCGUCACCGGUCGUGAAACGGGUCUGAUGCCCGGUGAGAAACGGCUGCGGAAGCGGGCCCAUGACUCACGAGAGGGUGCGUUUCGAUGUCGAAUUCGCGUAAGAGCUCCUUCGACCGUGCCAGCAUCGCAGGUGCCUCCUCGGCGGCAAAACCCUUGAGAAUGAGAUAUCUUGAUCGGGGUCUCAGCCGGCUGAUGCUCAGAGCGUUUAGAGUGGCACCAUGGCCCAUACCCGUCGCGAUGGAACUACAUGAGGAAGCAGAGUGAGAAUGUGACACUGGGCUGUGGCCGGCGUCACUCGCCUGUGCGACCUGCUCUGGGGACAACAUGGUUAAAGGACAAGUGAAUACAAACACAGGUGAUAAAGAUAAAGAUAUGCGCCAGAUAAGAUAUCUACUGCUCUAGACCAUCCUGUUCCAAGGUCUCCCCCCUCAAUAACCGUUGAAUGAAUCCGUCAAUUUUGGCUUUAUGAAUCCGAUGGUGCUCCUGCCAACCUUUCCAAGGAUGAUGCGGGUGUUGGCAGGCAAAUGCUUGGAAGAUCUUGUCCGACGUCCCCUCGACCUUAUUGACAAAGUAUUUGGCGAGCAGGACAUCAUCGUUCCGGCUGUACCGCAUCUUCUUCUCUGGAGGGUGGGGCAGAGAACUUCAUCCAAGAGGCUCGUGAAUGAUGCGGUGCCUAAGCAGAUUCGAGACUGGAUAGCGAUCGGGCAGAGAGCGCACGCACCUUGACUGCCACGUCCUUCCAAAAUGCAACCAUGUCAAGCUUACCCUGCUUUCUGUUGCGGGGCAUAAACGGAUGCACAUCGAGGGUUGAUGGUUACGCACUUGCGAUACUCCAUGAAACGGACCAAGAAUGUGAUGUCCUCAUCGGUGAACGCGACUCCCUUGCCCGUUGUACUUCGAAACAAGGCACGGGGUGGACUGGGUGACCGGUCGUGAGGGGUCGAAUCCAUCUCAUGGACCAAGUUGUGGAUCGAUCCGCCGGGAGGCCGCGAGCUGGCACUCGGUGGUACCGCGCUAUUAUGGUCUGUGUUUUCAUCAUCUUCGCUGGCGUUCUCCGGCGAAGCAGCUCGGUCGGCCUUCAUGGCAUAGCCGCCCAGACGAAUUUGGUGCUUGUUACAGUAGCGACGCCAAGAAUAGAAUCUG